UCCGCGGGGGCGAGUAGAGAUGACGUCAGUGGGCCAAAGGCUGGCUGUUGUGCCUUGUUGUCAGCAGCUGCUGGGCGAGAAGAAGGCCAACAAGAAGAAAAAGAAAGUCAAAAGCCGACGGUUGUUUCUGCUGCCGACUGGGACUGUUCACUGACGGGAGCCGUGAAGAUGCUAGCUGGUGGCUGACGGAGAGUUUGGGCGCCUUACAUAAGAGACAGCCUAGCCAAGUACGCGAGCAGGAUAGCGGAUUGAGCCUUGGCAGUCCCAGCUGCGUGCCGCCAUGAAUGUGGGCACGGCGCACAGCGAGGUGAACCCCAACACCCGCGUCAUGAACAGCCGCGGCAUGUGGCUGUCUUACAUCCUGGGCAUCGGCCUGCUGCACGUCAUCCUGCUCAGCAUCCCCUUCGCCAGCGUGCCGGUGGUGUGGACCCUCACCAACCUCAUCCACAACCUGUGCAUGUACCUGCUCCUGCACACCGUCAAAGGCACGCCCUUCGAGACGCCCGACCAGGGCAAGGCCCGCCUCCUCACGCACUGGGAGCAGAUGGACUAUGGCGUGCAGUUCACGGCGUCGCGCAAGUUCCUCACCAUCACGCCCAUCGUCCUGUACAUCCUCACCAGCUUUUACACCAAAUACGACCGAGUCCAUUUUGUGGUCAACACGGUGUCGCUGCUCACCGUGCUCAUUCCCAAACUCCCUCAGCUGCACGGCGUGCGCCUCUUUGGCAUCAAUAAAUACUGACCAGUAGGAGGAGCUAGUGGUGUCAGGACUGCCCCCGCUGUGCCGCCGCCGCCAGGACUCUCAGAAGAGGCGGGCUGUGAAUGUUCGUGACUUUUCCCCUUCAGGUUGGAUGCAUUUCAAAGGGUUUAGACGUUAGUUAGCAUGUUAGCAUACUUUUCUGCGGCGUGACCCUGCGAGGACUCUCACAAGAUGAUGAUGAGCGAGGAAGACGACGCGCCAGGGCAGUCAGGGUUAUUCUUAUCCAAGCGUUCCCAUAUUUGGACGCAUUUUGUUCUACUUUUUGGACCCGUGUGAUCCAGCGUGUGGAGGACGUUAGCCGAGUAGUUGAAAGUAGAGGAGCUCCCAGCAUGCAUCAGUGCUCCACAACGUGGCCGCCUUUGUAGCAUUUCAUGUCGAUAGUUGAUAUUUAUUCUAAAUAUUCGUCUCCUUGGUUUGGGCCCACGGACCAAAGGGAGCUGCUGUCUGUGGCCGUCAAGGGCUUUUCUUUCAUGGAGGUCCGGACUCUUUUCAAAGAAGGAACUUGUUAGGUAGCCAACACACGUCAUGUGAUCUUCUUGUGUACAAAAAUAUAAUAUUUUUCAAACUGA